GAUUCAGAAGCAUGGACAAUGCCUUUUCUCAAAGUUUUACAGAUAGUGAGAAGAUGAGUUUGAUCACUCCAGCCCCUCCUAAAGAUCACAAAAAUAUAGCCCUAAUCUUUUUCUUCCUCUUUGGAAUAAGUGGAUGGUCAGCAUGGGACUGAUGAAUUGCAGCAUUUGACUUUUACGAUGCAAAAUUUAAGCCAGAUUAUGACCCGGAAUUCACAUUUGGGUUUGUGUUUAAUUGGCCUCUAAUGCUGGGAAACAUCCUUCUGUUAUAUCUAGCUUCAAGAGUCUCACUCUCAGUGAGAAUCUAUACUGCAUACGCAGUAAUUGUAUUUGCUUGAUAUUCCAUGCCAUUAUUAUCAGAGUAUUUAACUCAGAAAUCAGUAGCAUGGUAUCUUUUACUUCUACUAGUAGUAAUAAACGGAUUUGGAAAUGCAUUUGUUCAAGGAGGUCUUUUUGGCUACGCGAGCAUGUUCCCUCAAAAGUACAUGAUAGCAAUGAUGGUAGGACAAGGAGUAAACGGAAUGACUUUGAACUCAGUUAAGAUGAUCCUGAUAGUCUUUCUGCCACCAGAUGCUGAAGAUCCGGAUAAUCCAAAUGCCUUUUACAAUAGUUUAAUCUUUGUGGGUAUUUUCUCAAUCAUUUUGAUCGGCUGAUCAAUUUGAUAUUUUAUUUUGAGAAGGAUGGAGUUUUCAAAAUAUUAUGUAUCAAAGGCAAAUAAGCAAGGAAGCUAUGAAGACUCUGAAAUGAGUGAGAAUAGAGGUGCUAAAAUAUUUGGAAUUGCUCCAACAGAUGAGAACACAGAUUUAUUAGGAAAGAGCUCCCAAACUGAUAGUUCUAAUAUUCCAAGCUCUUUAUGGACCAUCUACAAAAAGGUGUUCUACAUGGGUCUACAAGCAACUAUAGCAUUUGGGAUUACCUUUCUCAUUUAUCCUGGAAAUCUGCUCGACACUGACUUAGACUUCCUCAAGAAUAGUAGUUCUUAUAAAGCAUGGUUCAAUAUCCUGAUGAUCACAAUUUUCUCCUUCGGUGAUACAGUUGGUAGAUUCCUGGCUGGACCUUUGAAGGUCUUUAACAAGGACACAUUGAUCAUAUUCUCAGUUGGAAGGAUUAUAUUCGUGCCUACAACGGUCCUCAUCCAAAAAGAAAUUGCUCCUGAUUUUCUCUUCUGAGCAGACUGGUUUAGGAUCAUUCACAUAUUCCUUUUUGCAGCUACCAAUGGGUAUAACGUAUCCUUAGCUAUGCCUCUAGGACCUGAACAGGUGAAGGAUAGUGACAAAGAAAGAGCCGCAAUGAUUAUGAACUUUCACUUAAUAGCAGGUGUCUGCAUUGGCACAGUGCUCCAAAGUUUUGCAAUGAGCCAUAUCUAGCCUUAUUUCAACCUGAA